AUGGAGUCACCGUAUGUGCUCCCAGGAGAGCUCUUAUCUGACCGCCUCUUUGAAGCUUCCGAGACGCUGACCUGGAUGAUUCAAAGGUCCAUCACCACCGACUGCAAUGCGCUCGGCAGCAACAUAGCCAGAGCGCUCUUUGGUCUAACUAGCUUUGUCCGCGAGGUGCGUGAGGCCCGGUCCGACCUGGACGGCGUCUCGCGCGAGCUGCACUCGCUGGAGGGUGUGCUGGACCUGCUGCAGGAGGAUGCCGGGCUAUUCCCCCCGGAACUGGCAGGCCAAACUCCUGCCGUCAUCGGGCAUUGCUCCAGCGUCGUGGACGAGCUCAACGCAUCGCUAUGGGCCUUCGACAGCUCGGAGCUGUCAAAGCAAGAGAAGAGAACGCGAUGGCUCGAGACGGGGAGAUGGGAAACCGCAAGAUUCCGCACGUCAUUAGAGGCUCACAAGUCUGUCUUGGGACUGGCGCUCGAUCUCGUCGGAGCGACUACGAUCCGAGAGGUGACAUCCGACGUCGAACCGAACAAGAGGAACACGAUACAGAGGCGGCAGAACAGCACUGACACCGUCGAAGACGUUACCCGGAUUCUGGCGGAGAUGGGCCAGCUUCGGAUACGGUUGCCGAGGGAAUUCCAGAAGGACGAGUCGAAGUUCACCCUCCACGACUACAUGAGCGCGCUCAAGAUAUAUGCCGAGUGGACUGUCAGCAAGAAGGAGGACGAACACGUGGCCGAGAUAAGGAGGGAGCAAAGCAGGGGGGAAUCCGAGCUGGGUGCGUUUGUGGGCGAGAACGAACUGUUUGGGGCCUACGUCGGCGACACCCCCGACAGCGCGAUCGACAUCGAUAUCGAGCUCGUCUCCAAGACUUUGAAAGACGCCCUGGCCAGGAGUUCGGACGAGGGAGUCCCCAACAUGGAUGAAGUGAUAAACAACGGGAUGGACAACAUCCCCAGCCGCGCGCCGACACCGCCGCCAAAGGACCAGAAGAGAUUGGAGGCUGCCCGCAACAACAUGGUCUCGCCUUUUGAUGACCUAUCGUCGUCGCCGCCGACCAACCGGUACGGAGUGGUUACCCAGAUCAGCUCUGGAGCUCGAAUGAACGGCCCGCCGCCCUCGGUCCACAAGAGCAGAGGGUUCGGGCGGUUCUUUUCUAACCCCCUCAAGAAAACAAUAUCGGAAAACAGGCCCCAGACACGAUCGACAAUGACAAACUCAACCAAGGGAUCCGUAUCGUCCGACGUCCGGCCGUCGACGCCAGUCAUCCAGGCAAGCCUGGUCCGCAGGGGCAGCCACCGGCUCUCCGUGUCGUUCAAGAAGCUGCCGAUGUGGAACGCGGAGCUGCUGGAGGAAAUGGAAGGGCCGGACACGAACGCCGUGUUCGGCGUCUCGCUGCAGAGGAGCAUCCAGAUCGCCAAGGGCUCGUCGAAGACGCACCACAGCGGCAACGGCGGGUCGUCGAGACGCGAGUUCCCCCUGUGCAUGCAAAAGUGCUGCUUCUUCCUCAAGCACGAGGGCGUCGAGGCGCCGGACAUCUUCGCCGAGCGCGGCGACCCCUACCGGGUGUCGAAACUAAAAGAGCUGUUCGGCCGCGGCCCCAAGUACGGCGAGGACGUCGACUGGAACGCCUUCGGCGUGUACGACGCGGCCGACCUGAUCCUGCUCUUCCUCUCGCAGCUGCCGCGGCCGCUGAUCACCGAGGCGAUCGCCAAGCGGUGGAUCUCGCUGUCGCGGCAGGCCAUGGUAUCGGGCUCGCACGGCAACCGGCUCGACCAGUGCAUCGACUUCUGGGAGGAGGCGCUGGGCGGCCUGAAGGGCGCCAGCCGUAGUUUGCUGAAGCUGCUGCUCAACCUCUGGGCCGACAUCGCCGAGGCGGCCGACAAGAACGACAUGACGGCGGAGCGGCUGGCCGGCGUCGUGCUCAAGCCCCUCAUGCACAUCUCGUCGGAGAAGUACGAGACCGACUUCAUGCUCGCGCUGGCGUUCCUCAUCCGCAAGAGGACAGAGUAUACCGAACUGCUGAAGAAGGACCAGUCGAACAAGAAAGAGCAGAAGAACCAGUCGAACAUGAGGCGUAUCAGCAAGGUUACUGCAGGUGCUUGGUGA